AUAUUUGAACUUUUUUUUAGGCACAUAAAAGUAACUCUUUUAAUUUAUUUUACAUGUAUUUGUUUAUAUAUGUAUAUUGUAAGUGUUACAGGUUUUAGACCAUAUUUGUAUUAUACAGGGUGUUCUAAAAUUUUCGAAAAUACUAUAGCAAAAAUGUUCUCAAACAAAUUAAGUAAAAUAAUUAUUGGUAAAUGUUUAUUUCAAACAGUAGUUUCUGAGAUAUAAGAGCUUAAAGCUAAUUAAUUAGAAAUUACGUUUAGACUUUAGAAUUACUAAUAUACCUAGAAUCAUUUCGUAAAUUUUCUCCUAUUUAUUAUCGAACAUCCUGUAUAAUCACUUGUACAAUAUAUGAAUUUCUCAUUCAAAUCUUGAUAUUUUCGGAAAUAGUGAUACUAUUGAAAUAUUUAAUAAACAAUUGAACAAAUACUAACAAGAUAUUAAAUACAACGUAAAUAAGUUACAUAACAUGUUUUAUAAAUUAACAUUAAGAAAAUAACAAAAAUGUAACAUCCAGCGAUUAUAGCAAAAACGCAACAAUGCAUUGCGUUGUUGUAUAUACGAGAUUUCAUCGAAAUUGGAAAAGUCUGUAUCUUCUUUUUUUCACAUGAACAAGAAAUCACGUAUAAUGUCAUAUUUUAAUAAUUUUCCACACUUCUGUCAAACGUUUGUUAAAUCAUUGUAAUAUAAAAUUUGAUUUUUUUUUUUAUUUGAAUUAAUAUGCACGAAAUGUAAAAGGUGUUGCAAUUGCACAUACAUUGCAAAACUGUUUGUGAUAUGCGACACUACAAUAAUGUCAAUGUGUAUCAUAAUAAAGUAACCAAACACCAAACAAUAAGUUAUCCGUAAAAGUUUCAGUUUUAACUAAAGCAUUGAUACAUAAGCAGAUAUCUACCUCAAAAGAAAAAGUGCACGAUUAUCAAAUUGAUAUCACUAUCUUAAUGUCUUAUUUUUAUUUUAUAGCUGCUCCAUCGGAAAAUAGAGGAAAAUUAAUUUCCUUUAUUUUCACUUAUUUUUUCCUUGUCCAUAGUUUAUACAUUUCUUACAUUCUGUGUUUUCCCACGGUACAAAGUAAACGUUACUCUUAAAAUUAUGCUGUAGGCUUAAAAAAAGAAUUCACCAUACAUAUACAUAUAUAAAUUUAAUACAUGGAGAGGGGGAAGUGCAGUGUCAAAGAGUUGUUCCUACCAUACGUAGUUUAGCUUUCGCGAAAGAUGGACUUUGUUGGAGAACGGUACUAUAAGUUGAAUAAAAUUCUUCUAUUAUGUCUUGGUCUGUGGCCUUGUCAAACUUCAACUUUGAAGAAAACUCAAAUAAUCUUUUUUCAAACACUGUUCAUAUCUUUUUUAGUAUGCCAGUGGAAUUCAAUGCUUGUACAAAAGUACAGCAUCGAGUUUAUCAUUAAAAUUACUAUGUUUAUCACCAUUAACUGUAUUUUUAUUGUAAAAUAUAACGCAUUUCUCUUACUUGACAAUAAAAUCAAAUAUAUUUUUGACAGAAUUCAAUACGAUUGGAACAUGUUAAAGGCUCAAGUGGAAUUGGAAAUGAUACGAAAAUACGCAAACACUGCAAAAUUAUUUACAGUCUGUUUUAUAAUUUUGGUUACUACGAUUAUCCCGGGAUUGUUAGUAAUACUUUCUGUACCUCGUAUACUUGAUGUAAUCGUACCAAUGAAUGAAUCGCGACAGCGACAAUCACUAAUACAAUUAGAAUACUUUAUUGAUGAAGAAACAUACUUUUUCGCUAGUCUGAUAUAUAUUAUCCUAACUAUCUCUGUUGGUACUAUCACGAUAGCGGCUAUCGCAACAAUACAUAUGGCAUACGUAUUGCACGCAUGCGCUAUGUUUCAAAUCGCCAGCCAUCGAAUAGAACACAUAUUUGAUAAUCUACAACAAAUACCAAAGGAUAUUAAAAAAUACAUGCUCUGCAAUAAAUUAAUUCAUGCAGUAUAUGUUCAUCGCAGAGCUGUAGAUUUUACCAAAAUUCUGACAAACACUUUCGCGACAUUGUAUUUCGUGUUAUUAGGACUUGGUGUGGUUUCGAUGAGUCUCAGUUUCUUGAAUUUUAUUUAUGCAGUAUUAUCCCUAAAAAUAUGGGAUGUAUUGAUAUGCAGUUAUUCUAUAUUUGUGCAUAUGUAUUAUAUAUUUGUGGGAAAUUUUAUUGGACAGAAUGUCAUAGAUACCAGUAUUGAUAUUUGUCGAGCAUCAUACAAUGCGCAAUGGUAUGUUGCCCCAUUAUAUAUGCAAAAGUUAAUACUAUUUAUAAUGCAAAGAAGUAACAAAAGGAGUGCUUUAAUUGCUGGUGGUUUAUUUGAUGCAUCGCUAGAAGGUUUUGCCACGCUCAUGAGUAUGUCUGUAUCCUACGUUAUGGUUCUUCAAUCCAUAGGACACAAAGAAAACUACGAAAAGAAAAAUGAUCAUAUUUAAUGAAUUCUAUGUGCAGGUUUAAAAUGCAUUCAGUACUACAUAUUUAUUAAUGCAAGAGCUUGUCUAUUGUGACCGUAGAACGAAAUUUCAAAAUUAUGGAAUACCUUCACUACAAUACGAGCCUAUUAAUCACCGUGUAUUUGCGUAAACGCAAUUGUGCAUACCAAACUGUUAAAACUAUAAUGUGCGCAAGUGACUACCCAAUAACCCAGCGAGAAAUGAUAAUGAAAUCAAUAUCAAAUUGACGUUGAAGUUGUCAAAUUAAUAUCAUUUUAACGUCAGUUUGACUUUUAUUUGAUGGAUCAGUUCUCGUUGAAAAACAUCUAUUAACAGUAAUGUAAUCUUAAUAUUAGCCUAUUCAGCAAUGAAACUGUAAUAUAUCACAUUUUAUACGUGUUAAUUACAUUAUUGAGUAGGAAAUUGCAAUAUGAAAUUAUAUUACUGGAGAGAGAUGUUCAUAAUCUUACUAAGCACAUAUACAUGUACUUGCACUGUUUAUGGUAAACCCCGCAUACAUAAAAUACAUAGCAUAACAUAAGACUGCUAAACCAAUAAGCAUCUUAACAUUAAGUCACCAUGUUGAUUUACAUAAGAUGCUUAUUGGGUCAGUGAGUUUAUGUUGUAUUAUGCAUUUUGUGUACUAGAGCCCUUAGAUGGGAGCACAUACUUUUGCAUAAUGCAUAAUGCAUAACGCAUAAAGAAACUAACCAUCAGAGUCAUUCGUUUUUAUCCUGGGGAAGAAAAUAAAUGAUUUUGAUGGAAUGAUUCUUUUAUGUGUUAUGCAAAGUUUGUGCUUCUGACCUUACACUAGCAAUAAGUGCAAUUUAGUGCGUACACUACCUAACGAAUUAUGCUCCGACCAUUACGAUAAAAAAAGCACGACAUUAGUAUUUGUGAAGAUUCGUGUAGAAGAUUGUAAAAAAAAGAUAAAUAUCGGCUUCUGUAUUGGCAUAUUACCGUCUCUACAUAACGGCAAAUUAUUAAACAAAUAAUUUUAUUAGUAAUUAUUAAAAUUUAUCACUUAAUAACAGAGGUACUAUGAGUGACCGUCAUACUAUCUUUUUGUCUACUUUUUUAAAUUUAUAAUAUUAACUUUUAUUUUAAACUGAUGAAUAAAUAAAAAAUAUAAUUAAAUAAAAUUCUUUUUAUGGCACGUGAUAUGUUAAAUAUAUUACCUAAACAUAUCCUUCUAAUGUAAUGUUUUCUAUUCUUCUUCGGCGUAGAUGUUUCAGCUAAAUAUAAUUCGUCUUAUAAUAUUUUCUUCAAUGUAAUAUGCUGAAGCACUAAAUAUAUAAUAUAUAAACUUAAUGUCAUCUUUACAGUUCAACAGCCAGUGUAAAAA